CGCCCCUUCCAUGCCGCGACUCUGUGCGAAGAGGAGAAGGGGCACGCCGGGGCCGGACGGAGUGGAUGCAAGCGUCAUGCACCGUCCCUGACCAGCCCUCAGAGCUGUCAGAAGUGUUCAUGGUGAUCCACCCAGCUCGCGUGACCAUAGAAAGUAGCCCUUUCUGUUGACAUACUGUGGGCCACCUAUUACCCCACUGAUGUUUGGAUGGAUUUGCAGCAAUGAAGUUCCCACCAUGGCCUGAAUGUUGCCAGCAGUCACUGUCCUGCAUAGCAGGAGACCAUUAAUGGCCCUGCACACUUGUCUGACAACAACCCCCACUGUGGAUUUUCUACCUCCCAAAUGAUUUCUUACUGACUCAUAGCAAUCUGGCAGUGCAUAGAUCCAGGAAUGGGGCCUGGUGCAUCUGAAAGUUCUGCAGCCACUGCUCAUCGUCGCAAGCAUGCAUUACAAUGCAAUGCCAUCAGUUGGUGCCUGCUUCUCAGGCCCAGAAGCGGCACUCCACUAUCUGCAGCUGCUCCGUGAAUGCCACCAACAACCUUGAAUUGAUUUUCAUUAUAUACCUCAGCAAACUGUCCUCAGAGAAAUCCUCAUGUUGCCUGUUAAACACAAGUAUCAUGCAUCCUGUGUUUGCAGUGUCCAUGAGAAUGGUGCAGAGCUGGGUGGGCUCCAUGCUUCUGUCAGAGAUUGCAGACACCAAAAAGUGCUGCGUGGGGUUUAAAAAGAGUGAAAAUGUAUGGGCUAUGGAUGGCAUAUGGGGCUAGAGAAAGUUGCAUGCUGGGAACUUGACCCUGAGCUCCCAAUGAUCCCAUGGCGAGUCAUUUCUAUCCCACAACACAUUGUGAUAAUUCCCCAGAGGCCUCACACCAGACAGCAGCGCAUGGCACAUAUCCACAGUCCACUGCACUUUGCAUCGACGCAAGCACUCCUGGCGAGCAUACAGCGCCAACGCAAGCAGCCAAGUAUCUGUGUGUCCAAGCCAUGUACAAGCUUCGGCAGCUGUAUGCUGAUGAGACUUGCGUCAGUCACUUUGUAGUGCAGAAAUGGCUUGAGUCUGCAGCCUCUCCUGUGUCUCCGCAGCUGCUCAAAGCUUUCCCAAGCAUGAGUGUAAAAUGAACACGUCUCUGGUCAGUUUCAUGGCUGCUACUCAGAGCCCUGUGAGCCUGGGGACAGUGACAAGGAUCAAGUCACUUUCACUUCUUCCAUCCAGCAGCCAGAGGGUGCGAGGGAGGCUGCAGAUGUACCAGGGUCCUACUCAGACGCUGGUAGAGAAGAAGCAGUGUUCAGCACCCUGGAGAGAACGGAUAGUCCCUGGACUACCUUGAUGCUCCCUGGAAAAAUGGAGAUGGCAGAAGAAGAUAUAAAAUUUAUCACCGAUGAGAAGUUUGACUUUGGUCUGUCUUCUCCUUCAGACAGCCAGGAGGAGGAGCGUGUCGAGGAGGAGGAGCUCCGGCACGUUGACAGGGGUGUGGCACAAAGGCUCGACCUGAACGUGCAGCAGAGGGAGGGCGCCAGAGAGUGCCUGGCCCGAUGGAGCCCGCUGAGUCCCGAGAAGCUGGAGGAGAUCGUGAAAGAGGCCAACCGGCUGGCCGUGCAGCUGGAGAGAUGCAGCCUGCAGGAGAAGGAGAACGCCAGCUCCGGGGCACUGGGUCCAACCGGGGAGCCCCUUAUGCCCGCGCGGCUCCUGCACAAGGAGCGGGCAAGCCCCCGGAGCCCCCGGCGCGAGACCUUCGUGGUGAAGAACAGCCCUGUCAGGGCGCUGCUGCCCACCGUGGAGCCAGGAACGCCCCUUCCCAUGGGGAAAAGCCCCUCGCCAUGUGCUAGAGCAGCGCUGACUCCCCCCCGCCUCCGACACAAACUGGGCAGCUGCUCCGCUGGCAGCGAACGGCUCCGUAAGAAAUGCACCCCCAGCAAGGGCCCUGCUCUGUCGCCCACAAAGAGACCUCAGAGCAGCAAGAAGCUGAGCCUCCAGGACCCGCCCCACAGCCGUGCGUCGCCCACAGCGGGGAGGAGAGAACCGAUGGGCCCCAGGUCGUCCCCCGCCCGGCCCCGCCCUGCACAGGAGCCCUCGCCGCCCUGCAGGAGAGCACAACCAUUUCAGGAAGCAAGUGCAGGUCGGGCUAAGGCCUCCAGGGAUGAUGCUCCCCAGCUCCCAGCCAGCGCCGGGCCUACCCACAGUGCACACGCCCACCAGACCCAGGCCACGAGCACGGCUGCCCCUGUGCCCACGAGUCGCCGCCUGAUGCCCAGCGGCAUCCCCAAGCCAGCCAGUCGCAGUGUCGUCCUGAGCAGGGCUGCUGUGUCCGGGAGGCCCAGCCAACCACAGCCCAUGGGCCAUGGCUCAGCUGGCAGGAGGGUGCUGCCGAGCGCAGCCGGACAGAGAGCAGGCCCUGGCCCCCAGCGGGCAGCCCCUCCAGGCAGCAGGCUGCAGCCGCCCCGGAAGGUGACCUUGCCCAGCUCUCUGAGGCCUGGGGCUGCUCCCUGAGAAAUCACUUUGGCUUUGGCCCAGGAUCCCCCAGCGCUAAGGGCCCAGCACCCCCAGUUGAGCCAGGUUUGCAGAAAGGCUCUGCAUGGUGGGUGUUGAGCUCUCUAGAAAACCUGGAUCCAUGUCGUCCCAGCACAUGGGCUUUGGUCUUUAAUCUUCCUCCCCCCUGGCCAUCUGCGCCCAUUGAUGGAUGUCUGACACCCCCAAGUCCAUCUGGCCUGCCUCACUCGGCUUCCUGCCCUGACACUGGACUACGAUAAAACGGUUUGGGACCAGACACCGCCAAGACCCCGAUCCUCCUCAUGCUGGCAGAACCAGACUGACCCUUCACCUGCCUGCGGGGUAUUGUCUUGCUGUGCCCGGGCAUCCGUCAGCAGCACGUGCCAGCUUGGAGGACACAGGAGAACUCAGGACCGCCACCUGCUAGGCUGGCAGCCUGAACUCCCCAGUUUUGAGCCUCUGGAGUGAAGGCGCUUUGCAGGGUCGUGGUUAGUUUUACUUUGCUUUUUAGAUGGAUUAGUGGGAAAUGCUGAGCUUGUUCCGUGCGUGUGGACCAUGCUGGCCUCGCCUGAUCUCAUAUGGCGGCUGCCUCCCUACGUGUUUAGUGGUUAUAGAUGGAGCGGGCCAGGAAACGGGGCUUCCCUGGAAAAUCAAAAUCCAAAAUAGUUUGAUUCUGAAAUGCUGCCGCAGUGCCUUGUGGGAGUUGUAGUUCAGGUGUCUUGUGCCCCAUUGUUCUCUAAAAGUUAAGCGCCCUGGUCAGACUACAUCUCCCAUGGUGCACCAUGGAAAGGGGAAGCAGUGCCUCAUGAGAAUUGUAGUUUGGGUGCCUCACACUCCCAAUCUCUGUGUGCCAGGCUCCCUGAUUGGAUUCUGCCUCCAUUACUUGUUCUGGCCUGGCAUUUGCCAUCAUGCAUGGCCUCCUCUCACCAAGAGGAGAGACGAUGGGACAUGAUGGGAAAUGUCUCAAAACUAUAUUACAGUUGGAAAAGGUACAGAAAAGGGCAACAAAAAUGAGUAGGGGCAUGGAACAGCUUCCAUCUGAGAGAUUAAAAAGACCGGGACUGUUCAGCUUGGAAAAGAGACGAUGAAGGGAGGAUAUGAUAGAGG